CGGGCUGGGCGGCGGCUCCGCGAUCUCCGCCGCGAUGCUGCCGCUGCUCCGCCGCGCUUGGGCGGCCGCCGUCACCUCCUCGUCCUCUUCCUCCUGCUCCGCACGGCCGGGCAGCCGCCGGUGCAGCCUCGGCGCCUGCUGCUCCUACCGCCUGCGAGACGCCCUGCAUCCGCUGUGGCAGAGCCCGCUGACAAUUCCCGGGGGCACCCGCCAGUCUCCCAUCAACAUCCAGUGGAGGGACAGUGUUUAUGAUCCCUUCCUGAAGCCUCUGAAAAUCAGCUACGACCCCACCACCUGUCUGCACAUCUGGAACAAUGGCUACUCCUUCCUGGUGGAGUUUGAUGAUUCUGCUGAUAGAUCAAUCAUCGUUGGAGGCCCCUUGGAAAACCAGUACAGGCUAAAGCAGUUCCACUUCCACUGGGGAGCUGUCAAUGACUGGGGCUCAGAGCACACAGUUGACUGUAAAUUUUACCCAGCAGAGCUGCAUUUGGUGCACUGGAAUGCUGUGGAGUACCCGAGUUUUGAGGAAGCUGUGAUGGAAGGGAAUGGCCUGGCUGUUAUUGGAGUGUUCCUAAAGCUGGGAGCACGGCACGAGGGGCUGCAGACCCUGGUGGAUGCCCUGCCAGCAGUCAGACACAAGGACACUGUGAUCGAGUUUGAUGUCUUUGACCCCUCGUGCCUGCUCCCUUCCUGCCCUGAUUACUGGACCUACGCUGGCUCCCUGACCACUCCUCCCCUCACUGAGUCGGUCACGUGGAUCAUUAAGAAGAAGCCAAUCGAGGUGGAUGAGGAUCAGCUGGAGGCCUUCAGGACGCUGCUGUUCUCGUCGCACGGGGAGGAGGAGAGGAGGAUGGUGGACAACUUCCGCCCGCUGCAGCCGCUGAUGGACCGCACCGUGCGCUCGUCCUUCCGCCCCCAGCUCAGCCCCUAGCUGCCCCAGCACCCCCCUUGCCAUCCAGCCCUUCCCUGAGUGUCCCCAGGAAAGCU